AUGGAAGGACGCUUGGAAAAUUCGAAAUUUUUAUCACUUGAAGAAGAACAAGACCGCAUGGUCUCCGCCCUGAAGCACAUUCUCAGCGGAAGUGAUAACGAAGGUGGAACUGACAGCGCGGCCACCGCGUCAUCAUCGGCCCCAAUAUCGACGGGAUUGCCGGAUUUCAACACUAAGGAACCAUUAAUGAAGCGGAAGAAGAAUAAAAAGAAGAAGAAGAAGAAGAAGAGCGGGAAAAUGUACAGGGGAGUUCGAGAAAGGCAAAGCAGCUCACAGGGGACAAGAUGGGUGGCGGAAAUAUGGGAUCCAAAUCGAGGGAAGCGUCAAUGGCUGGGCACGUUCUCCACGGCGGAGGAAGCGGCCAGAAGUUUUGAUCGGAAACACAUUGAGUACAGAGGAGAUGAUGCAUUCCCUUACACCAAUUACCCUUUGGAAGAUUACCCUGAAGAGUUGCUCAGGGCUCGCCAACGCAUUAAGAAUAUUCAUCCUAAUCCUGAAAAUGCCGAUCCGGGACCGUCGCAGCAACACAUAUCUGAAAGUGAGAAUGCUGCACCAACGGAUUCUGGAGGAAUGAUAAGUACUAUGGAGGACGUGGAUACAGUGGACCCGUAUGGACUUGUUGAUGAUGACACACUUGCUGAGUUAUUGGAUUUGGUUUCUCUGUUCGAUCACUGA